AUGGAGCCAACGUCGCUGCCAACGUCGCGCUGCUACGCCGUCAAGAUCUCGCUCUGGGGUGAGCACCGACCCGCGCGGGUGCGCGAGGGCCUUCGCUGGCUGGCUGAGCUUGUGCUGCCGUCGGUAACGGCGGCGGCCGCCUUCCACCGGCACACACAAGCAGGUCACCCGUCGGCCUCACACGACGCCCUUGUGCUCCUCGGCGGGACCUACUCGUCCAACCGAACAGAGGCCCAGCUGGACGCCGCCGCGCUCACGUGGCCGAGCGGUGCUGCGCACGCCGCCUUCCGACAGAUUGAGCGGUCGGCGCCGUCCCUCCCGCGAGGCGACGUGCUGCUUCACGGCGCGCACCGCGUCGAUCGCAUCACGCUCUUCAGCGAGCCCGGCCGUGUGGGUGGCGUCGUAGGGAGCGGACUGCUGCACUGCGCGUGGGACGACGGCGGAGGCUCCUUCCAGCUGUCGCAGGGCCAGUCCGUCUCGCUGGAGGCGAGCCUGUGGCGCUCGCUCGGCGCGCCGUACGAGGUGCACGGCCACCACGUCCACCUGCAGAAGAUCUGGCGGCAGAGGGUCGGCGCAGCCAACGCGGCGCUCCUCUUCCGCGUCCGCCCGCCGGCUCUGACCGGGGCGGACGCGAGGCAGGUCACGGUGCUGAUGGGCAGGUUGUGA